AUGGAGAGCUUCGAGGUGGCAGAGGCUUUCCACAGGAGGGGAACUGCUGCACUCUCGUCCUUCCAAACAGCACACGAGCAGUUCUACCGCUCAUCUGCUGAAGUCAUUUCUCAGUCCCCUCUUGUAUCUGGCAUCCUCGCGUCCUUCCAGAACAAGCCGCCGUUUGCCGUACCCGACCCAACCAAAGCAACAUCAGCAUCACCAUCAGCCAUGCAUGCGAUCUCCACACCAUCACCAGCAUCCUCAUCCCCAUCGCCUGUGGCUGAAUACAUGGCUGCUGGCUGCACUCGCCCGUCCAAGCAGCAACAAGCCGCCGUCACAUUGCAUACCUCCCUCACACUGCUGCAGCAGCUGGUGGAACUGCAUCAGGAGACAGUGUCAGAGAUGGAAGAUAUGUAUCACACUGCCGCCGCACGCUUGCUUGAGGAGAAUCUGCAUGCGUCAGCCCAGCCUGCUGGUGAUGAUGGUGUAACUGCUGCUGCUGCUGGUGCAGUUAGUGGUGAUAUUGCUGAUGUUCAUAAUUCUAAUGCUGCUAAUGCCAGUGCUGAUGAUGGUGCUGAUGGUGGUACUGAUGAUGGUGCUGGUGAUGGUACUGAUGACAAGGACAGUUUGGGAGGAGCAAUAGCAGGGACACGAAGCAGUGUAACAGUGCAAGCUGAUGUGGUAACCAUGAUGGCAGCUGUGCUGGAAAUGCUCAAGGAGGACCUUCAAAUGAAGCUCACCAUAGUGGCAGACCUCUCUCUAUCCACAUCAGCUGCACACGUGUCAACAUACUCGAUGAUGUGGCAGCUUCGGCCAUUUGUGGAUGAAAGGGUAACCAAAGAAGCUAGCAGAUGGGCAACGACGACGUCCGAAAACUCUGGUGCAGCGAAUUCGGACACUUACGCAAUGUCUAGCGCCAGAAAAGUGGCAGCUGUCGCGAGUUUGAAAGCGGCAGCGGAAGAGUCUGCGCGAGAGGCAGAUGACGUCAGCGGCAAGGGACAACAUCGAGGAAAGUUCAUGACUAACGAAAGCAAGGAGGAGGCACAAGGCGCAUGCUCCAUAUUUAUCGAAGUCAAACCAAUUUGCCCUGUACCGCAGAGGCGCAACCCUGUGCUCGUGCACAUCAGGAACGUGAGGAACGUGAGGUGGGUGUUUGGGACUACAAAAGAGGCACCUUUUCCUUUCUUUCCCCCCUCUGCUCUGCCCUAUCCUGUACCGCAGAGGGGCAACCCUGUGCUCGCUCACAUCAGGAACGUGAGGAACGUGCGGUGGGCGUUUGGGGAGAUCACGCCAGACUAUCUCCUCUCCCCCUCCUCCUGCGCGCUCUUCCUCUCUCUCCGAUACCACCUGCUGCACCCAGACUACCUCUACUUUCGAAUUAGGGAGCUGCAGAAGAGCUUCCGCCUGCGAAUCGUGCUGUGCCACGUGGACGUUGAUGACGUCACCAAGCCCCUGCAUGACAUCACCAAGACGGCUCUUCUGAAUGAUUGCACACUCCUGUGCGCCUGGAGUCCCAACGAGUGUGCGCGGUACCUGGAGACUCUCAAGAGCUACGAGAACAAGCCGGCAAACGGCAUUCAAGAGCGAGUCGACAGCGAUUAUAUUUCCCGACUCACCAGCGCCCUCACGUCCAUCCGCCAUGUCAACAAAACCGAUGCUCUCACUCUGGGGACUAACUUUGGGACUCUGGCCAACAUCAUGGGGGCAUCGAUGGAUGAGCUCUCGCGGUGCCCAGGGAUAGGAGAGAAGAAGAUCAAGUGGCUACACGAUGCUUUCCAUGAGCCGUUUCGGAGGCGAGGAUCCAAACAGGCCAAACUAGCCCUCCUUCCUGCAGCUGCUGCUGCUGCUGUUGGUACUGCUGCUGCUGGUGCUGUAGCUGGUGCUGCUGUUGGUACUGCUGCUGCUGGUGCUGCUGUUGGUACUGCUGCUGCUGGUGCUGCUUUAGCUGGUGCUGCCGAUGGUUUCGCUGGUGUUGCUGAUGGUGCUGGUGCUGCUGCUGCUGGCGGUGCUGCUGCAGCGGCUCGUGGCACCACUGCUGCUGGUGGCGCUACUGCUGGUGACAAUGAUCUCGCUGACUUCCGUGCUGCGUUUUCUCAUAUCCGACCCGACACAGUGUGA